UAACGCGUCGUACUCGGAGAAGAGCGCGCGGCGGAGGAAUCAGCACAACGAGAACCGAGAAAAAGGCGAACAAGUCCAGCGGGGUUUGUUUUUCUCCCUCCGCCAAUGUCCGUUUGUUUACCUCCUCGACGCGGCUCAGUUGUAAGGACGCUGGCGGCGCCCUCGCUGCCUCAUGCUGGCGCUAGAAGAGAAUCGCAGCUACGGGCUGUCCGGCGGAUGCCCACUGCCGAGGAGCCGCGGCGCCAACGUUUCGGUGUUUCACGUCAAACUAACUGACAGUGCGGCUAGAGCCAUUAGCACCUUUCACCACGACAAGGUUUCAUCUGCCCCUCCCACCAUCUCUUUCAAUGGAAACCAAGGGAAAAUCACAAUUCCUUGCUCCGAGAAUGGAGGUGAGGCGAGGAUCUUCAUGUUUGGGGUGACCAACGUUGCCCAGGACAAUCCACACGGGAGCUUUGACUGCAUCCAGCAACUCAGCACGAGUGCUGUGCAGGACCUGUCAUGUCUCGGCGUGAUUCAGAAGAAGAUGACGGUCAAGGCGACGGAUGACUCGUACGACAAAGCCCUGCAGAGCAUGGCGCAGGCCGAGGAGGAGACCCGCAGCCGGGGAGCCAUCGUCAUCAAGCAUGGCGGGCGCUUCCAGGGCAAGAAGGUGACAGUGCGUGCCCCAGCCCCGGCCCUGGCCAGCCUGACAAAACCCCGGUGCUCCGCCAAGUCCCUUUUCAGCGGCAUCAAGGCGGCAGGCGCCUCCACGGGGAAGACAAAGGGCGCCGGCGAGUCCAACGGGAAGAGCUCCGACGAGGUGCAACAGCGGCCAAUCAGAGAGCGGGUGACACACCUGCUAGCCCUGAGGCCGUACAAAAGACCCGAGCUGAUGCUGAGACUACUGAAAGACGGACUGACCGCCAGAGAUAAAGGCAUGCUGGACACCGUGCUGAAGGAGGUGGGCCAUGUCAACAGCAGAAACAACACUUUAGUGCUGAAGGACAGUGUGUAUAAGGAGCUGCAGAAGGACUGGCCUGGUUACACAUCAGGAGACCAGCAGCUUCUGAAGCGAAUCCUUGUCAGGAGGCUCUUCCAGCCGCAACAGAACCUCCUCACCGUCCCCGAGACCCAGGUCAGCCCUCUCCGGGACACACCCAACUCCUCACCAGCACACCGUCCCAAACAUUCCCUGACUGAGGAGUACACGUACACCGACCCUCUAGCCAGUAAAAAGACAAGGAUCUCCCACUUGUCCCGCAAAACCGCCAUCUCCGCGUUGGGUUCGUCACCCCAAGUGGCUCACAGCGACGUCAUAUCAAUGCCACGGGAUGACUCGGAGAAGCACUCGCUCGACCCCCGCACACUUUUGGACUCCUUGUCGGCAGCUUGUCGGCAGGACGCAGAUUACGCCGUCAGGUUAAGGCAAACUUCCUGCAAGCAGGAGACAUCCCAGCCUCAAGCGGCGCCUGAGCGUCCUCUUAAAGUACCUCAAGUGGACAAGAAGACCAUUAAAAGGAAGAAGAGCAAACACCGAGAGCAGAUGGAAGAAAGGAGGAGAGGCGGCAAAGAGAGGAAAAGAGAUGACAGUCCAAGGGAUGUAACCAAUCAAGUCGCUGUGGACUGUGCAGAGCCUGCUGAUGUGAUGUUUGACUCGGAUGAGCCUCAAUCAGCCGACGAUAGCACUGAUUAUUUAACGAAGUACACAGAGAUUAGCAGCCACCCUCAGCGACAGCUUUACAAGGAGGAGUUCAACAAGGAGUACAGCGAGUACCGAGACCUGCACGCCCGCAUUGACAGUGUCACCAGACAGUUCAUGGAGCUGGACACGCAGCUCAAACAGCUCCACCACGAUUCCCAUAAAUACAAGACUAUUCAUAAUCAGAUACUCCACGAUUAUCGCAACAUAAAAAAGUCCAAUCCCAACUACAGCCAGGACAGGAUCCGCUGUCAGUAUCUCCACAACAAACUGGCACACAUCAAGAAGCUCAUAUCCAACUUCGACCAGCAACAGCUUCAGCAACAUUCUGCCCCCAACUGAGGAGGCAAGCCUUGGAUCAAGUGUUACUUACAACAAGUUGAAGCAACGGGCAUGGAUGGAGUCUGAGCUCUGAGCGCUCGGACUCGCCGCAAAAUAGGCUGGUGGUCAAAUGGGACGGUCAGAGGUGAGAGGGUCACCCAGAGGAACGGUCGCUACUGCCGAGGUGAUCCAGAUCGUCAGUGCAACAAAGGCUCUUAAACCAAGACAAGGCACGUGACGAUUGACGAUGCUUUGGAGUACGUUAGUGUCCUGUGCGCCAUGUCAUUGUUCACACUCUCAGAUGACAAAUUUGUAUAUAUCCACAAUGUUUUUUUUUUUUUUUUGAUGAAACUAAUGUGUUAGGUCAGUGUUCCGUCUCUCACCCCCAGCCCUCAUCUUGUUAAACUCUCCCAUGUAAAGGUACUAGUAUCGUCUCAAUGUUUUAAGAAGAAAACUGUAUUCAGGGAUUUUUUUGUUGAAAGAAUUAAGGUGGAAACACGUUGUUGCAUGCAACAUAUUUUACAGCAUGCAUGCUUAAAUGAAUUGUCAAGAGUUUGAAAAGUAUUUUGUGUAGGAUUUUUUUUUUGCUCAUUUUGAUCACUUCAGUUGUAAUACAUACUCAAGGCAAACGCUAAAUCAGAAAAGAUGUGAAUAAAUUCCAAUUUCAAUGUGCCUCAAAUCUAAUAGUAGC